UGACAGCAAGAAAGCUUGGUUAAUUGUAUCAAUAGAGACACUACCGGUAUGAUGGCAGCAGCACUACCAUGCCACCAUGGCAGCAACAACAGGCCUGGUGGUUCACUUUUGAAUGCUCCGGUGCACUUAUUUGUUACUGUCCUUAUUUGUUACUGUCAGGGGGGGGCCCAUGCUCUCAGAGCCAGGCAUGGCGGCAUUAGAGCCAACCGGUAACUAGGGACUGAUUUGAGCUGCUCAGGCCAGUCCCUAUUAGUACUGGCGGUUAGAGGAGGCAUGUUUGGGAAUGUUUGCCGGAAACCCAGGGGGGAGCCCCACAGGGCUGCAGUACCAGAGGGAGGGUUAGGGUUCCGGUAAAAGUCACCCAGGAACAGAGAAGGUGGUGUUCUGGAUUCGAUUCAGGCCGGGGUCUCCCACAAAACCUUGCUGGCUUAUACAAGAUCUUGCGCGCUUGUUUCGCGCGGCCGCUGCACCGUCACUCUCGCCACACUGACCUUCGCGCCCUUCCGCACACUUCUUGUGUGUUGGCGAGACAAAGACUUGUUGAAGGCUCUCUUUGUUCCGAGUGCUUGCCUUGUCAUACCAGCAUUGAAAAUGAACGAAGACGACCAGUCGGGAGAGGUGAAGGACACCGCUCCUGCCCCAGAAGAGUCUGGAGAUGGCGUUCCUGCGGCCGCUGCAGCAGGCGGCAGCAGCAGCGAAGGUCCAGUGUCGCUACGUGGAGUUUUCCUCGGGAAUCUUUCCAUGGGCUUUCGAACCGAAGAAGUGACGGAGAUCUUCACCAAGCCAAUCAUCCCUCGUGACCUACCAGAGGACACCUACAAGCCCGUCGCUAUCGAUCGUGUGGAUUUGAAACGAGGCUACUGCUUUGUGUUUUUGAAGGACGUCGCCAACAUGGCCGAGAAGGAACAAGUGGAGCGCUUCGUCUCGGACAUCAACGGAAUGGCGGUUCCCAAUGUAUCUUCGGCAUUGCGGGCAGAAUUUGCUAGAGGAGAUGGUCGAGUCAAGCGCAAGGAAGACGAACGACGCCGCAAUAUUCAACCUUCGGAAACCUUGUUUGUGGUGAAUUUUCAUGAAGAAACUACCAAAAAGGAGGACUUGGAAAUGCUCUUUGGACCUUUUGGUGAGCUGGUCCGUAUUGACAUGAAAGGAAAUUAUGCCUUUGUCCAGUUCCGGACUGUGGAUGAAUCUAUGCGAGCCAAGGAAGCUACCAAUGGCGGAAAAUUAGAUCGCAGUGUUUUAACGGUGGAAUACGUGGCAAAUCGCCGUGGAGAUCAACGCUUUGGCGGUCCUGGUGGAGGUGGUGGUGCUGGUGGCGGCCGAGGAGGAGGCGGUGGUGGAUGGCGUGGUGGCGAUCGAGACCGAGAUCGACGCUACGAUGACCGUUCCAGCCGUGGACCUUCUCGUGGAGCUCCACCUUCCAGGUACUCCGGAAGCCGGUAUGACAGGGACCGGUCGUACGACCGGGACAGAGGACGAGGUGAUCGCCAUGACGAUCGCAGAGGAGGAUCCUAUCGUGAUAGGAGCCCACCUGCUCGACGCCGGUCUCGCAGCCGCAGUCGUUCGAACUCGCCUCCUAGAUACGAUGAUCGUGACAAGUAUGAUUCUCGUUCGAGAUACGAAGGUGGUGGUGGUGGCGGCGGCUGGAGAGACCGUCGCCGUAGCAGAUCCAGAGAGCGCCGACCUCCCAGUCCUGGAGGAUAUCGCGACAGAGACCCUGCCGAUCGUGGCGACCGUGACUUUUACCGCAGUGAUCGGGGUGGCUCCGACCGUGGUUAUCGCGGUUGAGCACAUGGUUGAGCUGCUCCUUGUCUUGCUUUGUUCGAGGCUCCAACCUCUGGACGUCAAGUUGCCGCCAAACAAUAUGUGCCAUCACGCGUCCAAACCGUCUAUCGCAUCCAAACCGUCUAUUGCAUGUAGCAUGGUUUUUGUUUCCUCUCUAUCAUUCCACCUCAUAAACUAAAGGCUCUUACCGAGCCUGUAUAAUGAAAAAAGUUUUCUCGCGUC